AUCAGGGAAGUAAGUUGUUUUACUAAGCGGAGGCAAGGCAGUGGAAAAUGUUUUCAUGAAAGCCUCUUAAAGGAAUUAGUCACACCAGCGUUAUGUUUUGGUCGGGUUACACGGGUUAGUACUAGCUUCAGGUUGUUUUGCCGAGUUUUAGCUCAACUAAAGUGUUAUUAGAGGCUUAGGUAUAUCGCUACGAAGAGGAGGGAGAGGUAUUACGACAUCAACCUGAGCUUCCUGAACUGAAGGCGAGCUAGGUAACUCUAAACCACCAGCCACAGAAGACGCCAAAGGAAGGAAACCUAGCUUAGGAAUAGGUUAACCGACAAAUAAAGGUAGAAAGCUACUAUUAAGACAGCAGGGACUAACUUUUGGUAAAGCUUACCGGACUUUCGCGAUGUCUCUGGCCGACCAGAGCCAGCAGUGGUUUCCUACGAGUGUCCAGGUAACGGUUCAUCAGGCUCGUAACCUCCGCGCGAAGGGUAAAAAUGGCAGCAACGACGCCUACGCCAUCAUCCAGGUGGCCAAAGAUAAGUUUUCGACCUCCGUAGCCGAGAAAAGUGUCGCUCCUGUGUGGAAAGAAGAGGCUUCGUUUGACCUGCCGCUCUUCCACCCAGGAAACGCUGAACGCUGUACCCUGUAUAUCAUAGUAAUGCACCGGGCUCAGGUGGGGCUCGACAAGUUCCUGGGUCAGGCUGUGGUGAACCUGCUGGAUCUCCAUGAUAACAACACCCGCAAAAAGACAGAUUGGUUCAAGCUGGUGGACAAAACUGGAAAAGAGGACAAGGCACGUGGGGAGGUGCUGCUGGAUAUCAUCUUUUUGAGAAACAACAUGUCAGCGAGCAUGUUUGACCUUUCUAUGCAGGACAAACCGCGCUCCCGCAUCUCCAAGCUGAAGGACAAAGUCCGUGGAAAGAAAAAGGACGGUUUCUCCGACUCUGCUUCAGCCAUAGUUCCCUCUGUCAGCCAGGUCCUCACCGACAGUGAAGGAGAGCCUGACGCACAGUCACUCAAUCAGUUCCCAGGAACCAAAAAGAAAUCUAAGCUCAAAACACUCUUUGCUCCUAAAUCAAACUUGCAGCGAAACAUCUCUCAGUCCAUGUCAACUCUUGGAACUCUUCCUGAGAAGAAUUCAUCACUCAGCGGCAGCCGCUCAUCUGGUCUCAAUGUCGACUCCCCUGAAGGAAAAAAGAAAUUCAAAUUCCUGGGACACAAGCGAUCAGGCAGCUCUGACAGCAAGGUGUCCCAGGGUCCUUUCUCCUUACUAGGUCGCAACAAGCAGAGCAACAGUGACCUAAACAACCUGUGCAUCAAUGGCAGCCAUGUUUACACCGAGGAGGAGUCCAAGAGUGGAUCUACUCUCAGUCUGAACAGCUCAGGCCGGGGAUCUGUGGAGGACGUUCGCAAAUUCACUGAAGUCCCUGUAGAUGUUCCUGUCCCCUCUCUACAGAUAGAAUCCUCAGAGAGGUCAAUGAUGGAGCAACGGCGCCAUCUAGAGGAGGAGGAGAGAAGACAGGCAGAGGAGAAGCGCCUGGCAGAGGCCAAGAGGCUGGAGGAAGAGGAGAAAUACAAGGCAGCAGCCAAAAGACUUCAGGAGGAAGAGGAGCGCAGACUACAGGAAGAGCAGGAGAGGAAGAGACGAUUCUUGGAGGAUGAGGCAAGGAGGAAGAAACAGGAGGAAGAGAAAGAGAGGAGGAGGAAAGAGGAAGAACUCAGAAUGCGGGAAGCAGCAGAAAAACAGAAGCUUGAAGAGGAGAGUCGUAAAGCUGAUGAGCAGAAACAACAGGAGGAGGCCUCCAUGACAGAGAGACUCUCCUCUCUGUUUGGAAUCAUCAAGAAGAAGGAGGAGAAGAAGGAGGAAGUCCCACCAUUCAUUAAAGAGGAGCUGCCACCAACCCUGCAUGCUGACUCUGAUACACCACUGUCCCACCGCUCCACUAACCCCUUUGAGGACAUCCCCCUCAGCUCAGAUCCUCGAGUCAGCAUGAAUGAAAGUCCAGCUGAUCUUCAGAAGUCCAACCAUAACCCACAGCCUCCCUCUGCUAUGGUCUUUCUGAACCGCACCGCUAAAGUGUCUGCAGUCAAACCCAGAUCAUCUCAGUCUCUGGAGUCUGAACCUACUGACUCCCAAUCCCCAAGUCAGCUGAGCCAUUCCCCAGUCUCCACUGAGUCCACCCUCUCUAGUGUCCCAUCUGAGUCCCCUGACACUACCAACCUCCACUUGUCCUUGGAUCCUCUGAAAUUAAGUGAAAGCCCGCCUGGUUCUCCUCGUGGCAGCACAGAGGAUUUGUCCUCUGGGGGAUCUUCACCCACUAUGGCAGAAAAGAAGAAAAGAGCCCCUCUGCCUCCCCCACAGCCCGCACUUGGGACCCAAGUGCCUGCUAGAGAGUUCAACAAUCCUGCAUAUGUAGAUGUAGAUAGACCACAGCAAGGUAACAAGCCAAGUCUACCACUUCCUGAUUAUGACACACUUUUUCCUCAGAAGAGACACGGAGUGCAAGGCCAAACUCGAUGGGACCACAUCAUUGCAGAGGUCAAUCAGAGAAACAGAGACUCUUUGCCUGAGUGUGUGGGUCCAGAAAUGAGUGUGGAUGGCCCAGAGGAGCCUAAAACCAGGCCAUCACAAAUACAGGAGAGACCUGCUAUGGAUCUUUAUAAAACUCAUGAGACCAAACCUGUGUCUACAAAAAAAGCAGCAGCUCCAGCGCCCCCAAAGUCAGUGGCACCUGCACCUCUGCAAUCAGAGUCAAGUCAAAGACGGAGCCAGACUACAGCUCUCCAACCUCCAAUCAGGCCUAACCCAUCUCCAGUUCCUUUACCUAUAAAUAAUGACAUUUACAGCAGGGAAGGUCUCCCCGUGAAGCCCAGGGAUGGAGUAAGGAAGGUGUUACACCCUUCACCUGCAGCAGUGAAUUUAACUAGACCAACCAGCCAAACAGACCGAGAUAUAACACAAGAUGAUCAAAGACAAACACAAGUCGGUGUGAACAAAGAGCCACCCACUGCAAAACCCAGGCAGAGAGCUGCUGGCAAAGAAUCUGGGAAAGAAGACGACUCAGCUGUUGUGUCAGUAAUCCCUGACAAAAACUUGAGCAGUAAUAUCCAGACUAGCUCUAAUCUAAGCCAAGAUUUAAAGGAGAGCUUUGCAGAGUUUGACCCAUUUCCUAGUACUGAGCUCAUCACCAAAGACCCAUGGGCACCGCCGGAAAAGAGCAAAGCUUCAGAUGUUUUUGGCAGCAGUGUCCAAAAAGACUCCAGACUUGAAGAUUGUGGCAUAACACCAGAAGAUCUUGAUAACAUUUUUAGUACAGAGAGCCCAACAGAUCCAUUUUCUAAUUUCAAUGGCAGUGGUUCAGAAAGACGAACUGAGAACAGGGAAAAAGAUGACAUCAGUCCUAAUUUCCUAAGAAGCGGUUCCAGCCGUCGGAAACAGACCCCUUCUCCCCUGUCUUACUUGGAUAAUAAGACUUCCAAAUCUCGACAAGAACCCGCAUAUGACACGACCAUGACAACAGCUAAUGGAGGCCUCAACACAAAAGAUGAGUCCUCAACAUCAAAGGCUCAGGCUGAUGUGAAACCACCGACCUCCCGUUACAGAGGAGACGAGGCUUUUGGAGCGGACCCUUUUACCCUAACCUCCUCGCAGCCCCUCCCUGUAGUCAUGGAGGAGCCAGCAUCGCAGGCAGGAGGUGUGUCAGGGGGGAAGGCACCAGUGAGAGUGUGGAUCUCACCCUCUGAGGUUCAGCCUGUCAGUGCUCAGAAUAGCAAUGGAGGUGGGCUAGCCUUAUCUGCACGCAGACCUCAUCCUGUGAAGCCCUUGAGCUCAGCUGAGAGCCCCGCUGUGAAAGACCUAAAGGCCCGUGAGACUACAGCAGGGAAGAUUCAGGUGGGAGACUCUGUAGAAAGCGGACCGUACACUCAGCUGACACAGGAGGAGCUGAUCACACUGGUGGUGAAGCAGCAGACCGACCUGUCCAAGAAGGACGCUAAGAUCGUAGAGCUGGAGGAGUACAUUGACAACCUGCUUGUCCGUGUCAUUGAGGAGAAACCCACAAUCCUGCAGUCUCUCCAGUCUGCAAAGCCUGUGUAAGACAAAGAGAGCCUCUCUAGCACCCCAGUCAUGUCUGGGUGAGAUGGUACUGCUACCACUGUGUGCUGAAGAUCUCAGAGGAAAUGCACUUUUUAAAUCUUCUCUGAAGAAAUACAACAUCACUUAACAACAAGCAAGUAAAAAAUGUUCUUCUAAGCAAUUGAAUGUAUUAGCUCUGACACUAAGGUACUAAGUUUUUCUUUAAAAAGAAACAUGUUACAUGGAAAUAUAUGCCACAACCUGAUUCAUAUACUAUACUUGUUUAAACCUGGGUUUAGCUUAAGAAAUUAAUAAUGCAAAGAAGACAUAAUAUAUAAAAGCUAUUAUCUGGCCUUUGUACAUUCUAACUUUUAUCUAUUUUAUUUCAGUAAUUUAAUGAAUUCCUUGCACAGCUCCUGCAGGUCCUAACUGUGACUUUUUGACUUUAUGAGCUGAGGCAAACUUCCAAAUGUUUAUAUGUAAAAUGCACAUUGACUUUCUUCCUCCUUUGAGGUCUUAUUUUUUUACUUUCUUUGUGAGCCUGUUAGCUGGCAUGUAUUAGUGUGUCGAGAAAUGAACACUAUUUCUCUGUUGUACCCACCACAGUUGAAUGUCAGCUGGUCUUCCAGUCCUUGAAACUCAUCCUGUGCCUAUUAAUGCAUCAGAGAGGUAUUCUUUAGAGAACCAGCAAUAGAAAAAAGCAAGCAGCUGCUAUGUACUGUACAUAUUGUGACUCACACAGUAGAUAGAGCAGCUUUCUUCCAUGAGGCUGAUGCGUAGCCUGUGCACAUACUUAAUAAAUAAUAUGCAAGUAAUAAUAACAUCAAACUCUUCUAAUAAUAGUGUAGGAUGUUUUGAUCCCUGUGAUUGUUGUGAUGUAUUUAUAAAAUGAAACCUGAGCUAAUCUAUAAUUACUGAUCAGAGGAUAAUAGACUCUGUGUCUGUGAUAAAGAACCAGCCUUGUCUUUGUAUUGAACUACACUAAUAAAUGAACCCUGCAUUUAUGCCUUUAUAUGACCACAUUUAUCUCCUUAAUGCACAUACUUGUGCCUUUCAAGCCUUUUUCAUGACGUCUCUGUCUGCUGAAUGUACAGCUGGCUACCUCUCUUCUUUAUCUGCAGUGAGCGCUCACAGAACGUGCAGCCUGAUGUAUUUUAGUGUUUUUGUCUUGCAUGAAAAUGAAACUAGAGUUCAUGUGAAACUUCACACAGAGGUGAUGCUGAGAAAUAAUGUGGUUUUAUUUGAAAUAAAGACACUAAUUGUUUCACCA